UUUUUUUUUUUUUUUUUAUUUUUUUAAAAUAACUAUUUUCCCAUUUAUGUCUUGCAAAUGUCACCUUUAGGACUCAUUACAGCUAAUAUUUGAUCAUCAGAUUUCUUUUUCUUUUUCUUUGAUAAUAUAUAGGAAAAAUCGAGUCGAUUCUAUGAGCCGUUGCCCGAGAAUUGUCAUAAUCGUGUAAAAAUGAAGUUUAUGAAACUUGGGACUCGACUCGACACUUUCUACACAGAGGAAGCCAUUAGGACGGUAUUAUCAGAUGUGCCAAGCGAUCUCACAAUCCGGAUAAACGGGACGACUUACCUUCUCCAUCAGCCGCAGUACGCCCUUCUCCCGAAGUGCGGCCUGUUGCAACGUCUCGUCUCCUCAGCAGAAGAUUCUAGAAGCUUCGUCGUGGACCUACACGACAUCCCGGGAGGGGAUGAGGCAUUCGAGCUAUGCGCCAAGUUUUGCUACGGGAUCACAAUCGAACUAAGCGCCAACAAUUUUGUCCCGGCAUUUUGUGCCGCAAGGUUCCUAAGGAUGACCGAGUCUUCCGAUAAUGGAAACUUUGUGAAGAAGCUCGAGACAUUUUUCUCGUCGUGCAUUCUCGAGGGAUGGAAGGACUCGGUGGUCGCGCUUUGGAACACGGAGGGUGCAUACGAGUGGUGUGAGAAUCUUGGUGUCGUGAGAAAGUGCAUAGAGUCGAUCGUCGACAAGAUCUCGACGCCUCUGGCAAAGGUCACUUGGUCCUACACCUAUACCCGUCCAGGCCACGAGGCCCGCCGCCGCUCGUCCGCCCCCAAAGACUGGUGGACCGAAGACAUUUCCCUCCUCGGGCCCGACACUUUCGAGCGCGUAAUUACCACUCUAACCUCCUCAAACACAAUACUCCCACAGCUCGCCGGCGAAGCCCUACACGUCUACGCGUGCCGCCAUCUCCUCGGGCCCGAAAACGAAAACCCCUCGACUUCUCAUACCGACCCGACCAAAAUGAAUAAGAAGAAGAAAAUCCUCGAAAUGACCGUGAAUUUGAUCCCGGCCGAGAAAGGUUCCGUCUCGAUUAAGUUCCUCAUGAGGCUAUUGGGCCUGUCGAGGUCCAACAACGGGCCCAAAUCCCGCGCGGCCCAAGAAGAGCUCGUGCGGCUCUCGGCCCGCCAGCUGGACGAGGCGGGCCCGGACGACUUUCUUCUCGCGGGCCCGGAUACCGAGAUGGUGGUCUCGGUUUUGCGGGCCUACAUGAGGCGGUGGAGGAAACGGGCGGCGGCCGCGGGAGGAGGUGCCGAACGGGAGGCGUUGUUUGGUUCGGUUCGUGGGGUCGGGAAAACGGUCGAUCGGUACUUGCAAUGUGUUGCGGGGGAUAAGGAGUUGCCGGUCGAGAAGGUGGUUCGAGUGAUCGAGAGCUUGCCGGGGCCUGCAAGGCCGGGCCACGACGAGCUCUACAAGGCCAUUGAUAUCUAUCUAAAGGAGCACCCAGACUUGAGCAAGACGGACAAGAGACGGUUGUGCGGGAUGCUCGACUGCCGGAAGCUCUCGCCAGAGGCGCGGGCCCAUGCAGUGAGAAACGAGCGCCUACCUCUUCGGACGGUGGUUCAAAUCCUCUUCUCCGAGCACGAGAAAGGCACGAGCAAUAAGAAACGCGCAUCCCGAGAGCCAACUGACAAGCUGCGGCGAAAAGCAUCGGCUGCCGCGGAUGAUCUUAGCAAGCUGCAUUUAAGCUCGGAAAAUAAUCGGGCCACGAGGGGCGAAAAUGGAACUUCGGAACCCGGGACCAGCGGAGGGGGGGCGAAAAGCCGAAUAAAGGAAGUUGGGGGACCAGAAAUUGAGUUGAGAGGUGAGAGUAGUAAAGCUUAUCAUCAAGGGAAGAGGUUUAAUGAGAAGGCACACAACAAAAGGUAAGACAUGAAAAAAGAUAUCAAGCAAAGCUGCCAACAAAAGAGAUUGUGUACACAUGAAACUUAAUUAUAUAUAUUUGUUUGUGAAGUUCUUAGGUUCAAUUGUUGUUUUAAAUUUUAAUUAGGAGUUUGAUUAAUUGUGCAGUACAUAUCUAUAUUUUUUCCCUACAUGAUCAAAGAUGUAAUAAACAUGUAUUUAUUAGCACCAGACUACAAAUUACAUGAGUUUCAUACACAUGAAAUUGAUUAUUGUGAUAAAAAAAAAA